GCCGAGAAGUGGAGCGACACGCCUCUGCACGACACGGCCGCGCCGCCGCGUGCAAUGGCGUUCGUGCGCGAGAGCCGGCGCGAUGGCGCACCGGCAGACGACACGGCGACGGAGUCGCGGAAGGGGGGAGGAGGCAGCGCGAUCUUGCAACGGGCGUUGAGGCGACACGGAGGCGCGGAGUCCCCGCUGGCAAAAGCAAUUGCGACGAGUGAUGCCAAGGCUGCUGCGAUUGAUGGUAAUGCUGCUGUUGCAACAACAACAACAACGGCGGUAAAGACAGAGUCGGAGACGCUGACGGAAGGCAAGCGGCGGGCAGAGCGGCGUCGACGUCGACUGGAACGCCUGUUAAACCGUGAAGGAGAUGUGCAUCCGUGCGUGCAUCAAGGUGGCUGUGCUGCGCAGGGUGGGGCAACACUGUGUCCAUUCGUGCAGUACCCAGCGACGAUGUGUGUGGCGUGGCUCCGUCAUGGCCGUUGUGAGAACGCUAUGAACGGCUGCUGCCCGUGGUGGCACGGCAACGUGGCCGACACGCCCAAGAACGAAAUGCUUGCCGAAAGCCUGUUUUACACUCCUGGGGAUGCAGCAUGUGACGGAGGAAAACUGCAUGAGAGCUGUGCAUGGAUGGGCACGCUCCUACAGAUGUUUUUGGAUGUUGUUGUUGGCGCUAUCGAAGACGCGGGAGUUAAGUGGCCGAAAGAGACUACUUCCCCAGCGGAGGUGCAGCAGUAUGUUGUAGCGGCUUUACGCAAUGGCAGCAGCGCUGCCGCCCUGCCUGUGCACCACGACGCCAUGCGAGGCGUUCUAUCCGUGGAGCGGGAGUUGGGAAUAUGUGCACUCAUGACGGAGUCUUGUGCACCACCGGCGGUGGUGGCUGAAGGAGUGAACGGGGAGGAGUCCUUUGACGCCAUGUUUGAGCGCGAGUUGGCUGCAAUGCGGGGCGGCCGGCCUCAGCAGGUAGAAGAAGAACAGCAGCAGCAGCGACUGCGUGACACCGGUGAGCAACGCCUUCGCCGUGUUCUCACCACCUUUCGUGGCUUUGUUAUAGCAUGCGACGAGCACGAGGCAUCGGAUGAUCGAAUAGCAUUGUGUGCGCCGCUAAGUCGUUGGAUGCUGCAGCUGGCCGUGAAUGCCUACACGCAUGGCGCCGGCAACGCUGCUGAAGUUGCACCUUUGGAGCUUUUUGAAGACGCAUGUGCUGUUCUGCUGGAGCACCGCCUUCAUAUGUGCGGCAUCGGCAAAGCGACGGGCGAAGGGAACAACAGGAUGGAUGACCGCCGCUGGUCAGCACUACUGCUACUGCAGCAUGGAGCUCUCCUCGCACAUAUUUCCGCGUCUCGUGAUGGUGCCGCUACUACCGCCCCCGCCACUGCGGGGGGUGCUGGUGUCUCUCUCCUGUACACAACGCUGCUGGCAAUACACACGAAUGGCGGCUCGCGCUGGCCCGGCGACGGCGUGCAGGCGCAGUGUGUCAACUGCUGGGUGUUAUUGCAAUCGUUGCUCUCCAUCAUUGUGCUGGGUAUUCUCCGCGAGGGCGUCCAGCUGUUCGCCCGUGCCCGCUCCGCGCUGGUGGCGGUGACGCGUCAGCUCGCAAGUGACGUUGAGGGGAACUUCGCGGCACCUUUACUGCAAGCCGCUGGGUGGUCGGCAUGGACGGAUGAGCAGAUGUUCGCGUCGCAGCAGAUGAUGGCGUACACCGCUGCGGACUACGCGCGCUUUCACCUCCCCACUGUCGCCCACUGCUUCGUGGUGUCAACGCUCAAUGUGUUGCUGCUGCACAUACUCUCGACGGCCACGCAUCGGUACCAGCUGCGCCAGAGCCCCGUGGAAGCGACACUCUUCACCUCAGGCCGCGGAACCGCAUUGCCGCAAGAACGCAUUCAGUGGGAGCGCUGCCUUCGCGGUGGUGGCGACGUGCGGCGAGGCGUGCAACCGUACGCGCUGGAGGCGAUGGCGAUCCUCUCAGUGCUGCAGGAAGAGAGCAACGCGGUGCUGGCGCGACGGCAGCUGCUUGUCGAGGAGUUCAUGUCGCGGCGAAAGGAGUAUCGGGAGCGCGGCGAAACUGACCCCAUUCAUCACAGAAAGAAGCGCCACAACGACAACAAUAACAACAGCAGUGCUAAGAAGGGACAUCUCUCCGGGAAUGGCAGCGGCAGAUACGACGGCGUCGAGGACGAUAACGUGCACAUCCUUGAAAGGCUGCUGCCACACGGCUCUGUCAUGGUCCCGGCGGACGUCUUCAGCCUUUUGCUGCGUGUGCUGUUUGAGGGUGGCGGGGCGUACAAGGCUUUGCGCCUCGCUGCAUCGGCGAUCCACGCAUGCCGAAUGCUGCGCCACGCCGCGAGGCAACCGCUGCCGUACAUCGUGCAGGGCGAGAAGACAGUGUACAAACGUGUGCGCCAGGACGGGACGAGACGCAAGCGCGUCCUCCGCGUCAGCGUCCCUGUGCUGCGCCGCGUCGACCCGGCGGGGGACG